AUGAACCUUACAAGUUACAAGCUUUUUUUUCAAGCAAACGGCAUCAUGUUGACUUACAUGUGGAUCCACAAUCUUGGGUUGCUGCUGCCGCCUACUACACUGCUUAAAGAUCCCUCUGAAGUCCGCAAACAACUGGGACCAUUUGGAGAAGCUUUUUCCAUACAUAACAACGAGGGGGAGGUAGAAAAGUGGAGAGAAGCAUCCAAUCUGGCUGGAUGGGAUUUGAGGAACACUGCUGAUGGGCACGAAGCUAAAGUCAUCAAUAAAAUUGUUAAAAAGAUUUCACUCGAGUUACGAUUCAAUAAUUUGGAAGUCGACAGAAAGCUAAUAGGCAUGGAGAGCCGGGUAAAGGAUAUUGUUUCAUUAAUGGAAAUGGGCAUUGAAGAUGUUCGCUUGAUAGGUAUCAAGGGGAUUGGAGGUGGUGAGAAGACAACUUUGGUGAGAGCAGUUUUUGACAAAAUAUGCUUUUCAUUUGAAGGUAAAAGCUUUGUUGAGAAUGUUAGGGAAGUUUCAAAAUCAUCAAUGUUUGCGUUGCGAUCGUUGCAAGAACAAAUACUUUUCAAUGUGUUAAAUAAUAGAAGUUACACCAUAGGGAGUGUUCAUGAGGGGGAAAGCGUAAUAAGAAAGAUGUUGUGUAGUAAAAAGGUUCUUCUUAUUCUAGAUGACGUAGAUCAUUUAGACCAGCUGGAAGCAUUAGCUGGUGGGCUUGAUUGGUUUAAACCAGGAAGUAGAAUUAUCAUCACAACAAGAGAUGAGCAAGUUCUUGUAGCACAUGGAGUGACAUGUAUUCGUGAUGUCAAUUUGUUAUCACAAGAUGAAGCAAUAUGCCUCUUGAGUAGGUAUGCAUUUGGUAGAGAUAUUCCGGAUCAAUCGUACAAAGAGCUAUCGCUCAAAGUUGUACAUUAUGCUGCUGGUCUUCCUUUAACGAUUAGAGUUUUGGGUUCGUUUCUUUGCGGGCAAAAUGAGCUCGAAUGGGAAGAUGCAAUAGAAAGACUAAAAACAAUUCCAUUGAAAGAAACGCUCGAAAAAUUAGAAUUAAGCUAUACCGGCCUAGAGGAUGACUACAAGGAAAUAUUCUUAGAUGUUGCAUGCUUACUAAAAGGUUGGAAGAAAGACAAAGCAAUUAGAGCACUUGAAAGCUGUGGAUUUCGCGCUAGGAAUGGCUUAAGAGUUCUUGAGCAAAAAUCUCUCAUAACUAUCUCACCAGAUAUGGAGUUAGGCAUGCAUGACCAUAUAGAGGAAAUGGGCCGGAAUAUUGUUCGUCGUUCGGACCCAAAUGAGCCCAUAAGACAUAGCCGAUUGUGGAUUCGAGGGGAGAUUGAAGAUGUUUUCGCUAAGGGCCUGGUUACAGAAGCGACAAGAGCUAUAUCAAUUCAAAUCAAUUCAAGCAGUGACAAGGAGCGUCCCUGUUAUGAGAUUCUUACAAAAGGUUUCGGAAACAUGAAGAAUCUUAGAUUUCUUCAUGUGGAUUCGGACACACGGGAUUGGCCAGUGAAUAUUGGAGUUGGCAAAAACUUACCAAAUGCGUUACGAUUUUUGAGUUGGCGACGUUUCCCUCAUUGUUCUUUACCAAAAGCAUUUCAAGCAAAUAAUCUAGUUUCACUUCAAAUUUCUUCCAGCAUAAUUAUACAACUAUGGGAAGAUGGAGAAAGAAAGGUUCUUAAAAACCUCAAAUUCCUUGACUUCAGUUAUUCACAUUUGAGGACCCUUGAUUGUGGCUUACUUCCUAAUCUCGAGAAGUUAAAUCUUACAAACUGUUGUCAUUUGGUAGAAUUUCAUGCGCCCAUUGGAUCUCUAACAAGAUAUACUUCCAAUGCACUCCAACCAUAG